UGCAGCCAAUGUGCGGAGCUUAGCGAAUGAAGGCAUCCUACCACGGAAGAGGGACUUUGAAGGAGCUUCAUCCUACAUUACCUCCUACAUCUCCCACUUCGUUAUUGACUCAGAUCAAUAUUAAAAAUUCUUCUUUAAUUUAUUUUUGCGCAUAAAUCCAUGUUGGGUGUUAUUAUUUUGAAUUUUUUGUUCGAACAUUACUCAAAAAAGAGCAAGUACAGAGUGGAUACACAGAAUUAAACACCGAGGUCCCCUCAAAUGAGAAAUACGUUUGAACGCGGGGGCCCGGUUCGUUGUGCUUUUUGUUUUAUUUAUUAAAACGGUGUGGGCAAUUUCGUGUUUUCAUCCGACGGCGACGCUGCCUGUGCUCGUUACGUAAGCGGGCACUCCGCUGACCAGGGUGCUGAAGUACGCGACGUAACGGGAGCGCAUCCGACACAAGACAAGAGCGCGAGCGCGAGCGUGGUCCGUGCCCGAGCGCCACUGCGCCCACAGGACUCAUGGCAACCUGACAUCCAAACCCCAGGUCCACGAAAAGCCCGAAAUCUUUGCUGCUCCUGCCAGCAUUUUCCGUGUCCUUACUGUUAAGGUCAUACUAGCGGUCCCUGGCAGUGCGCUGAAGGACGGACGGGACGGACGGGACCGGGAUCGAGAGGUUCUCACCGCGCGGGACGGCUUUUCUGCGCUCCUCUUGCUGAGAUCGCACCCGGAGGUUUGGCUUCCACUCGAGUCUAGAAGAUGUCGGGCCAGACGCUGACGGACCGCAUCGCCGCUGCGCAGUACAGCUUGACGGGCUCCGAGGUGGCUCGAGCUGUGUGCAAGGCCACCACGCACGAGGUGAUGGGGCCCAAGAAGAAGCACCUGGACUAUCUGAUCCACGCAACCAACGAGACCAAUGUGAACAUUCCGCAGAUGGCUGAGACACUCUUUGAAAGGGCCUGCAAUGCCAGCUGGGUGGUGGUCUUCAAAGCACUGGUCACAACCCAUCAUAUAAUGGUACAUGGCAAUGAGAGGUUCAUUCAGUACCUGGCUUCCAGAGGGAGUCUGUUCAACCUCAGUAACUUUGUGGACAAAACAGGCUCUCAUGGCUAUGACAUGUCCACGUUCAUCAGACGCUAUGGCAGAUACCUGAAUGAAAAAGCAUUUGCAUACCGACAGAUGGCCUUUGACUUUGCCAGAGUGAAGAAGGGCGCUGAUGGAGUCAUGAGGAUGAUGGCUUCUGACAAGCUAUUAAAAGCAAUGCCGACACUACAGGGUCAGGUUGAUGCCCUGCUCGAAUUUGACGUCCAUCCUAAAGAGCUAACUAAUGGGGUUAUUAAUGCAGCCUUCCUCCUUCUGUUCAAGGAUCUGAUUAAGCUGUUUGCUUGCUACAACGAUGGGAUCAUUAAUUUAUUGGAGAAAUAUUUCAAAAUGAAGAAAGCAGAAUGCAAGGAUGCACUAGAAAUGUACAAGAGGUUCUUAACACGUAUGACCCGGAUUGCAGAGUUCUUCAAGAUGGCUGAGCAAGUAGGAGUUGAUAAAAAUGACAUUCCUGACCUCAGUUAUGCUCCCAGCAGCCUCCUGGAGUCCUUGGAGGCCCACCUGAAUACUCUUGAGAGCAAGAAGGGUGAAGGGUCACCAACAAAGGGGUCUCCUACAAAUGGAUCUCCCACCUCUACUCCAGCCAAGGCAGCAGAUGGUGCCCCUGCUGCCGACACCAUUAUCGCCCCACCUGCCAAGAGCACCACUAGUGCCGUGUCCAACGACCUACUAGAUCUGGACCUUCUCGCUGCCCCCUCACAGCCAACAGAGGGAGCUUCUGCAGCCGCCGCUGCACCCACUUCGUCCUGGGGAGAUCUUCUUGCUGCGGAGUGCCUAGUGGCCCCAGCCGUUCCCGUUAGCUCUCCUGAGACCGUGUCGUCCGAGCCCGCUGCUGCUGUAGACACCUGCUGCCUCGCUGCCACUGCUGCUGAUUCCACACCCGUGCCAGCAGAGGCGGCCGUUGCUUUAGCCCCACCCCCUGCUGCACUUGCUGCCUCCAGCUCCACUGAUGAGAAUCUCUUUGGAGACUCAUUUGCACCCCCCUCUGCUGACAAUGGGGCUGCCUCAGAGGGUGGGGCACCAGCAUCCACACCCACUCCUGCUGCUGAUACAGCUGCUGGAUCUGACCCGUUCGCACCAUCUGAGGGUCAUGCAGAGGUGACUCCAGAGCAGGAUCUCUUUACUGUGAAGCUCAGUGAAUCCAGCGCUGCUGUUCUAACCACCAUUGCUGGUGCUGCACAGACCCCUACGGCAGCUCCCCCUUUCGGCUCUGCUGCCACUGCUGCCCCUGGGCUAGACCUCUUUGGUGAUGUCCCCGCCACAUCGUGUGGGGCCUCUCCUCUUCCUGAGAGCGGGAUGGCUUCUGACCUUCUGUCAAAUGCAUUCACCGCCCCAGCUCCUGCGGCUGCGGCAGUCUCUCCAUCCAAAUCCAAUGCUGAUGCCAUGCUAGAUUUGUUGGGGGACUUUGGUGGCUCGUCCGGGGAAUCCCAGCCCGCUUCAGCUCCGGCUCCUGGUGGAAACCUGCUGGGCGGCUUCAUGACCCCUGCAGCAGCUGCCCCAGUGCCAACAGCAGCGCCCUCUGGUGGUCUGGAUGCCUCAGUCUUUGAUGGAUUAGGAGACCUGCUUGCACCCACCAUGGCACCCCAGAGCUCAUCAGCACCCCCUAUGGGUGGGGUUGGGAUGGCAGGUUCCCCUGCUGGUAAACCCGUUAGUGGCGAUUUGGACUCAUCCCUGGCAAACCUGGUGGGAAAUUUGGGGAUGGGGAAUCAGCAGAACAUGCAGUGGAAUGAGAAGAAGAUGACGGGCGGCGCCAGCUGGCAACCUCAGGUAGCUCCCACAAGCUGGGCUGCUCCUGGCUCUCAGAUGCCGGGCUCUGCCCCCGGGGCUCAUGGGGCCACAGCCCCAAUUGGAGUAAUGUCCCCGCCAAUGGGGGUGCAGCCUGGAUUCGGCAUGACACCUCCUGCUGGCGCUGGGGCUCCCAUGAUGCCUCAGAUGAUACCACAGCCCAUGAUGAGGCCGCAGUUCCCGGGGUCAACCUCGCCCAGAGCUCCGAUGUCGCCGGGUAUGCCUCAGAGCCCCAGAAAGCCCCCGCCUCCCAAAGAUCCCCUGGCAGACCUGAACAUUAAAGAUUUCUUGUAGGCCAGCUCAUCCCUUGAUGAUCAAGCCCACGGAGGCGUCCACACGGUGUUUGCUACAGUUCUGGGGCGCUGCACUCCACCCAGAUUCAGGACUCCCACUUUGACAUAUUCCUCCCCGCCCGGUGUUGUAGUAGAAACUUACCGUCUAUAUUAGGGAGAAAAAAGUGUGCUUAUCUCGAUGUUGUUCUGUACCCAAAUGAUACAAAAAACGCUGCAUAUUUUUUAGUGUUUGCCGCAUUCGACGGUGGCUGUCUUGAUGGAUGUGUGUUGAUAUGUUCCCGUGCAACCCCACUUUUGCAGGCGGGGGGACAUGUGGCUUUCCUGUUGUAAACAAUAUGAAGAUGUGUGUAACUGUGUUGCUCAUUACAGGUAUUGGAUGUACAUAGAUCUCAUAUGCAAAUACCAACGUCAUUCCUGUAUUUGUUCAAACGAGUAUCCAUUGUUUGAAGGAAUAUACAUUAUAAUGUAAGACUGAGCUUAAAUAUUGUCAUGGACUGAAAAAGUAAUGUGGACUAAAUGUUACACAUACAUGCGUUCUGAGCGCUGGAACUCCCUGUGUUGAUCUUUUGGUUCGUUCCAUACUGUGUUGUGUGCUCCAUAUUAGAUGUAACUCACAAUUAUAUGUAAUGCUUUGUUUGAUAUGAUAAAAUACGGUAUGCAGAUCAGGAUAUUUUGUUGACACGUUAUAUACUUGUCAGUAGAGUAUAAAGGAGAACAUGUACUAUAUAUGUACUGAAAAUGCACCAUAUUUUAGUGAUUUCUAAAUUAAAUUAUAAAAUGCUUGGAAUUAAUAUUUUGGCCAGGUAUUUGGCAGUCUAGUUUAAAAUUUAUGACAAGCAGCCAGCGGGCAGAAAAGAAGCCUAUUCCGCAAAGAUGGUUCAGUCUAUGAUGUGCUUACAUGGGAAUAAACUCCGUUUACAUGCAUCCAUUGUUGUUUUUCAUUCUCACAGAAAUUGCAAAGGCUUUUAUCUCCACCCACCGCUUCGCCCGAACCCAGUCCUGUUCUUUUGCGCACCGGCUACUCAUCUGGGACCGGAAAUCUUGUCCUAACUCAUUUUGUUUGUUUGUCUGGUACUUUG